AAGGUAGAGAUCGGCGCAAUCGAUGGAAGAUUGGAAAGUGGUGGUUGGGUUGAGGAUGGUGGGACGACAGUGGGAGAAUUCCUGCUGCUGGCAGUGCGUUCCUUGCAGACCUCGAGAAAUUCUUAGAGUCCAAUUGGCUUGUAAAGGAAUGGAGGAAACUAUUGGAGACGAAGAAGAACUCAAAGUGGGAAUGCAAGUACACUCUGAUGAUGAGGCUUACAAUUUAUAUAACACCUAUGCUUUGAGGAAGGGUUUCAGUGUUCGUAAAGGACAUAUUCGAAGAGAUGCAUCAAAUAAAAUCCGCCAACGAGAAUUUCUGUGUUCAAAGGAGGGGUUUACAAGAGACGAGGAUGUAUGUCAACCAAACAAACACAGGAAGUUAGAAACAAGAGUUGGUUGUAAGGCUAUGAUAUCAUUUACAGUGAAAGAUGGAAUAUGGACAGUAUCGCAGAUCAAUUCAGAUCAUAACCAUGAGCUUGCAAAGCCCGAAGAAAGGCAAUUUUUGAGAUCAGGGCGAAAAGUAACAGGUGCUUGUGGAAAUAUUUUUGCUUCUAUGUAUGAUGCAGGCAUAGGACCAAAGAAAUCAUUUUUCUACAUAGCAAAUGAAGUGGGUGGUCCGGAAAAUGUUGGGUGCACUAAGAAGGAUGUCUAUAACUACUUGCAAAGGAAAAAGAAUGAAAUGUUGGAAGCAGGUGAUGCACAAAGUUUGCUGAAUCACUUUAAGAGCAAACAAGGUGAGGAUCCUAACUUUUUCUACUCAAUGCAAUUGGACCAAUAUAGCCGAAUGACGAAUUUCUUUUGGAGGGAUAGCAGAGCAAAGCUUGAUUAUGAUUGUUUUGGGGAUGUUAUAUGCUUUGACACAACAUUUCGUACGAACAAGUAUAAUUUGAUUUGUGCACCUAUAGUUGGAGUUAAUCAUCAUUGGAGAAAUGUUUUGUUUGGAUGUGCUUUUUUAUUAGAUGAGACUACGGAGUCAUUUGUUUGGUUGUUUGAGUCAUUUUUGGAGUCCAUGGGAAACAAAACACCAAAAACUAUUUUCACAGAUGAAGAUAAAGCAAUGGCAAUGCAAUUGAAAUAGUGUUUCCAAAUGCAUGUCAUCGAUUGUGCACUUGGCAUAUUGCCAAGAAUGCCAGCAAGAGAAUUGGUAGUUAUCUUGGAAAUCUUGAGUUCAAGAAACAGUUCAACCAUUUUUUACAUGGAUGUAGUACUGAAGUUGAAUUUCGAGUUUCAUGGGAUAGCAUGAUUACUAGAUAUAAUCUUAGAGAUCAUACUUGGCUUACAAAGUUGUAUUCACUUCGACAAAAGUGGUGUCCAGCAUUUAAUUUGGAUAUUUUUUCAGCAAAGAUUAGAUCAACUCAAAGGAGUGAAAGUACAAACAAUGUGUUCCAUGGAAUCUCUACACACACAAUGGAGCUCAUUAAAUUUGUUCAUCACUAUGAGAAAAAGAUUGAGGAGAAUCGUUUAGCAGAGUUGGAGGAUGACUACCGUUGCAAAAAUGGUGCACCACGUCCAAAAGUAUGGAGUAAAAUGUUAAGGAGUGCAGCCAAGGUUUAUACUAAUAAAAUGUUUCAGCUUUUUGAAACAGAAUUCUAUGGUUGUAUGGGA